AUGGGUCUGAAGGAAUGUACGAUCGAGUUGGAUAAUCCGUACAAUACGUAUUAUGCUGGCCAGACAGUGAACGGUCGUGUGACGUUUACGUUCGAUUCGGCGAAGAAGAUACGGGGCAUCGUUAUCAAGUUCGCCGGCGAAGCCGAAACUAAAUGGAGCGAAACGGAAACAAAAACCGAUCAAAACGGUAAACAGUACGAAUCGACCACGAACCUUACCGGCCAGGAGGAAUACUUCCAGAUACAGUACUACCUGCUCGGUGGUAAGAAUGCGGCCGAAACGGAACUGCCCGCCGGGCAGCACUGUUACCCAUUCACCUGUGCCCUUCCACCAACGCUACCAUCCUCCUUCGAAGGCGAAUGGGGUUUCGUGCGCUACACGGUCAAGGUGACGCUCGAUCGACCCUGGAAGUUUGAUCAGGACAUCAAGAUGGCAUUCACUGUCAUCUCGCCCGUCGAUCUAAACUUAAAUCCACGCGUUAAGGAUCCGUUUAAGCUGGAGCUGGAGAAAACGUUCUGCUGCUUCUGUUGCGCUUCCGGACCGUUGAACGUGAUCGUACACGUACCGGUAACUGGGUACGUUUCAGGCCAAUCCGUUCCAGUAACGGUCGAGUGUGAUAAUGCAAGCAAUGUUUGCGUGAACAAGAUCACGAUCAAUCUGCGCAAGCUGCUUGCAUUCCACGUGCACACACCGAGGCGCGAAACGAAGCGCAAGAAGGAGUAUGUUACCAGCAUUUCGAUGGGCCCGGUUGAGGCAGGCAACAGCCAAACAUGGCAGCAGUUCUUGCAGAUACCGCCCCUGCCCCCGUCGAACCUCGUCAACUGUGGCAUCAUUGAUGUGGAUUACGAUAUUAAGGUGGCUGCCGAGGUGUCCGGCAUGCAUUCCAACUUGGACGGUAACAUACCGAUCGUGCUCGGUACGGUACCGCUCGAGUCGUUUCAGCCACCGCCACCGUACACGGACAAUCCGUCCAUUCAGGCAAUCGAAACGGAUCCUUCCAUGCUCCCGACGCAACCGGUCAGUCCGGCCAGCCCACCCAGCAAUGGGGCGGGCGGUGCACUCGGUUGGAACGUUGGUGAUAACAAAGCUUAUCCGAAUAUACCUCCACCGACGUUUGCUGAAACUUCGUACAAAGCACCGACUAUUUCCGGGAAAAAUGAUUCCGAAUUUACUCGCAUCGUUGGAGGAGCAGAAUACGCUCCCCGGUAUCCAACGUACGCGUUCACGCCAUCUGCACCGCCACCGCCACCCAACUAUGGAUAAGGUAUCCGCCGUUCAAGAAUCGGUUAAACGGUCAUCACUCUUAACCUUACACUUGAUUCUCGAA